AUGGAUUUAUCAUUAUCUGAAUUACAAGAAAUGGCAGCUCGUCAACAACAACAAAUCGAACAUAAUCAACAAUUAUUACUUGCACGUGAACAACGUUUAAAAUAUCUUAAACAACAAGAAUUAAAACAACAACAAACAUCUCAUGAUAGUUUACGUCUUAAACGUUUAAAAGAACAUAUUGAACAACAAGAAUUAAAACAUUUACGUUUAAAAACUCUUCAAAAUCAAAUAAAUCAACAGCGAAAUUCGAAUUCAACACUUGCAAAUGAAUUAGAAAUUUUAAAACAAAUUUUUUUGGAUAAAGAACAUGAAUUAACAAUAGCAUUAAAUAAAGUUGAUGAAUUAACAAAACAACUUGAUCAAUUAAGAAAAAUAAAAAUAACAACAAAUAAAGAACAAUCACAAAAUAGAAAUGAAUUAGAUAAAUUAAAACAAGAAUUAAUGAUUCGAAAUAAAUUAAAUGAACAACAAAGUCGAAAAAUAGCUUAUCAACGAGAAGUUUAUGCAUCAAAACAGGCAGAAUUAAAUCAAUUAGAUCGUCGAAUAGAUGAACUACAACAACGUUUAAAAAAGAAACGUACAUUAACAUCUAAUCGUUCAUCAAUACCAACACCAUCAACAACAACAGCAACAGCAGUUGUCGAACCUUUUACUUCAUCAGCAGGUUAUCGAACAGCUUUUGAUACUGUACAAGAUACUUUAAAUAAUGUUAAAAUUGCUGAAAUCGAAAAACGAAUGGUACAAUUAGCAAAUUCAUUUAAUGCUACAUCAUCAUCAUCACCAACUAAUUUCAAUGAUACAAUGAAUAGUCCAAAAAAGAAUAAUGGUAAUUCAUCUUUAAAUCAUCAAUCUAAAAUAGCAUUUGCAUCGAAAAGUGAAAUAGCAGCAACGUAUAUGGCUCGUUCAUCGAGUCAAUCAACAUCUCCUCCAUCAUUAAAUAAACUUUCAACAGAUAUGAUGGAUAAUUCAAUAAAACAAGAUCAACAAUUAUUACCACCUAAUCUUCGUUUAAAUGAUGAUAUACUUUCUGUUCAUUUUAAUAAUGUUACAUCAACAAUAAAAAAACGUCAUUCAUUAUCAGAUCCAGCUGAUUCAUUAAUAAAAUAUCUUUCAUCAAAUGUUACAUCAAAUAAUAUGAUGAAUAAUAAUAAUAAUAAUAAUGAUAAUCAUCAUCAUCACCAUCAUUUACAACCAAUUCAAGUUCGAGAUGAUUCAUUAAAUCAAUUAUUAACAGAUACGAAAAUUUCACCUGUUCCUCAAGUUGUAGCUUAUGAAAAUCUUGUUGAUCUUCAAACA